UUAUCUUCUUCAAUUAUGUGACGAUAUUUCGCCGAUUCUUUCGCCUAUUUCUCCUAUAUAUAUCGCCUCCCUCUCCCCCUUUCUUCAUUCAUUGUUAUUCUCUCUUUGCCGAUCCUCAAAUCCUAGUUCCCAAUUCUUUCACGAUGCAGAUCUUUGUCAAAACUCUCACCGGAAAGACGAUUACUCUCGAGGUGGAGAGCUCCGACACCAUCGACAACGUCAAGGCAAAAAUCCAAGACAAGGAAGGAAUUCCACCGGAUCAGCAGCGUCUGAUCUUCGCCGGCAAGCAGCUUGAGGACGGCCGUACUUUGGCCGACUACAACAUCCAGAAGGAGUCAACUCUCCACCUCGUCCUCCGUCUCCGUGGAGGCAUGCAGAUCUUCGUCAAAACUCUCACCGGAAAGACCAUCACUCUCGAGGUGGAGAGCUCUGACACCAUCGACAACGUGAAGGCUAAGAUCCAAGACAAGGAAGGAAUCCCACCAGAUCAGCAGCGUCUGAUCUUCGCCGGCAAGCAGCUUGAAGAUGGCCGUACUUUGGCCGACUACAACAUCCAGAAGGAGUCAACUCUCCACCUCGUCCUCCGUCUCCGUGGAGGCAUGCAGAUCUUCGUCAAAACUCUCACCGGAAAGACCAUCACUCUGGAGGUGGAGAGCUCCGAUACCAUCGACAACGUCAAGGCUAAAAUCCAAGACAAGGAAGGAAUCCCUCCAGAUCAGCAGCGUCUGAUCUUCGCCGGCAAGCAGCUCGAAGACGGCCGUACUUUGGCCGAUUACAACAUUCAGAAGGAGUCAACUCUCCACCUCGUCCUCCGUCUCCGUGGAGGCAUGCAGAUUUUUGUCAAGACCCUCACCGGAAAGACCAUCACUCUCGAGGUGGAGAGCUCCGACACCAUCGAUAACGUUAAGGCUAAGAUCCAAGACAAAGAAGGGAUCCCACCAGACCAGCAGCGUCUGAUCUUCGCUGGAAAGCAACUUGAAGACGGCCGUACUCUUGCGGAUUACAACAUCCAGAAGGAGUCUACUCUUCACCUGGUUCUCCGUCUGAGGGGAGGCAUGCAGAUAUUUGUGAAGACAUUGACCGGAAAGACGAUUACGUUGGAGGUGGAGAGUUCUGAUACAAUUGAUAAUGUGAAGGCAAAGAUUCAGGACAAGGAGGGGAUUCCACCGGAUCAGCAGAGACUUAUCUUCGCCGGAAAGCAGCUGGAGGAUGGGCGAACUCUGGCUGAUUAUAACAUCCAGAAGGAAUCCACCCUUCACCUUGUGCUGCGUCUGCGUGGUGGUGAUUUCUAAGCAUGUGGUUUCUUUGUGUCCGUCUGUGUUGUUCUGAUUGAGUUGGAAUGGAAGUUUGCAUCCUAAUAUGGCCAUUAGGCCUUGGUAUUAAAUAAUUAUAGCAAUAAAUUUCUCGUAUUUAAUA